AGCAAGAGGAACGUAAGAAGCAACUCUCACGCAUUACUUUGGUUGACGAGACAGUUACGGUGCACGGACGGGGAUUUAAUGCUAUUUUGGAUAUUAAGUUUUAGUUUCUGAUGUCCACCCAUCUCUGUGCAGUGAUCCAGACAUGCUUCUUAAGCCCUGCUGUCUGUGUUGAGGAAGCUUUGGGAAUUUGAGAAUCUCCAGGGGAAUUUGCACAAGGUUCCUUUCAAACUGGAUGCAGCUGGGAUGCUCGCUGCCGGGAUGCUGCAGCAAAGCAGUGGAGGAUCGAACAAGCGCUCGCUGGGAAUUGCACGCUUGUCCAACUCCAACUUUUUUCCCCUCUCCUCCGGCCCAGGGUCCUCGGGUUUGGGCCGAAAGGUGAAGAGCGGAUCCCUCAGCUCCAUCAGCUCUGGGUCGGACAGCGUGGACACGGCAGGUGCCGAUCCCGAAUACAUAAUGCAGCUGGUCAACGAUGUGCGGAGAUUUGCAGAAGUGCUGCUUCACCUAAAGGAAGCUAUUAAUACCAAAGAACACCAGGAUUGUCUACACCAAGUGGUUCAUGAGCGUCUCGGAGAGCUGUUGCGUGUAUUGAAAGCCUUGAUUUCCAAACAUCACUCCUUGAAUUCAGUGGAGAUCCUCAGUGCUACGGGAAUCCUCAUUGCGAAGGUCAAAGGUGUGAACUUCAAGGAAGUGAAUGAGGACAAUAAACAGACUCUAUUUUCUGAGAUCUACACUUCCAUAGAUACAUUGGCCUUCACGUUUGGCAAUGUAGUGUCUGACUUCCUUAUGGGAGAUGUAGAGAACGGUUCGGCCUCGGGGCUUCCUCAGACCCGCAGGAGCAGGUCUUUUGAGAACCUGACGGUGGAGUCUGGCGGAUGUGGAACUGAAAACGAUGAUCCUCCAGGUCCCUCUCCGCCCGGGCGGCUGGAGGAGAUGGAUGGGACUUUGCUCCGGAGUGACAGCGGCGUGGAGUCGGCCUUGCUCUAUGCCAAAGCUUGGUCAAAAUACACCAAGGAGCUUCUGGCCUGGGUGGAGAAACGCAUUAUUAUGGACAUUGAGUGUGCAAAGAGCUACGCCAAGAUGGCCGAAUCUGCAAAGGCGCUGGCGUCUCAGCAGGAGCACAUGCCAUUCCGGGAUAUUUACGUAUCUGCCUUCAAGAACGACAUCGAGUACAGCCAGCUUAUAAUGCAAACCACUGCCGUGCUCCAGGCUAAUAAAUUCAUGCAGCCUUUGCAAGCUCGAAAAAAUGAGCUCGACAAAUUGAGGAAGGAAGUGAAAGAACAGUGGCAGAGAGAGCUGAAGAAAAUGAACGAAGCAGAUAGUGCGCUGAAAAAGGCUCGGCUGCUUCAGGCACAGAGACAGGAGGAGUAUGAAAAGGCCAAAUACUCCACCAGUCGAGUGGAGGAGGAACUGAUCGGAACGGCGGGCGGAAAACAGCUGGAGAAGAGACGCAAACUUGAGGAGGAGGCUCUGCAAAAGGCAGAGGAAGCCAAGGAAUAUCACAAACAGUGCAUCACAGAUGUCGGGGUGAAGCGAGUCGACCUGGCCAACACUAAAAGCGAGAUCCUCACUCAGAUACGAGAGCUUGUGUUUCAAUGUGACCUGACCCUGAAAGCAGUGACCGUGAACUGGUUCCAGUUGCAACAAGCUCAAGUGGUUUCUUUGCCUGUCAACUAUCAGUCGCUGUGUGAGAAUGCUAAACUUUAUGAACCCGGUCUGUGUUACACCGAGUUUGUGAAAAGUUUGCCUUCCAGAGGGGAAUCCUUCUCAUUUAACAACAUACCUGCCACACAAAACUCAGGGUUGCCUUCCUUGAAGCGAGUGAUCAGCGGCACUCAUUCAUCUCAGGUUCACCUGUCACAGGUGUCUUUUGCACCUGGAGACUUCCUGAGCGCAGACGAGGUUGAAAGUCACGUCCAAGCACGUACAGGAAAGAUGACGGACAGACGCUCAAACAGUAGCACGGAUAUUCAAGCGCUGAAGAACCAUGGUCCGUUCCGUGUCUGGAGAUCGAGCAGUCAAGGCGGAGGAAUGUGCAGUGAUUCAGAGAGCGCUGGAGGUAGCAGUGAAUCUCGCUCUAUGGAUUCACCUACGGCAAGCCCAGGUGAUUUCAAGAGGAGACUUCCCAGAACUCCCUCCACAGGCACCAUGUCCUCAGCGGAUGACCUGGAUGAUAGAGAACCCCCAUCCCCAUCAGAAAAUUGUCUGAACGAAAUGAUAACGGAGGCUACCAGCUCACCCGGACCAUUCCGGAACACGCAGAUGUCCAAAGCCGCUCAGACGCACAAACUACGAAAGCUCCGCGCUCCGUCGAAAUGCAGGGAAUGCGACAGUCUUGUGGUAUUUCAUGGCGCUGAAUGCGAGGAGUGUUCCCUUGCUUGUCAUAAGAAGUGUUUGGAGACUCUCGCCAUCCAGUGUGGACAUAAGAAGCUCCAAGGAAAACUGCAUCUAUUUGCUAUCGACUUUGCUCAGGCAGCCAAAAACAGUCCCGAUGGAAUUCCUUUCAUUAUCAAAAAAUGCACAUCGGAGAUCGAAAACAGAGCUUUGAAUAUCAAGGGCAUAUACCGUGUUAAUGGAGCCAAGUCACGGGUGGAGAAGCUUUGUCAAGCCUUUGAGAACGGCAAGGAUUUAGUGGAGCUCUCAGAGCUUUACCCUCAUGACAUCAGCAACGUCCUCAAGCUCUAUCUUCGCCAGCUCCCAGAGCCUCUUAUUCUGUUCCGUUACUAUAACGACUUCAUCGGAUUGGCCAAAGAAAGUCAGAGCAUCAUUGUCGAUGAAGUAGAGGCAUCAAGAGGAAGCCCCGCCUCCGAAAUCAGUGUGGAGCUCAAACGGGUCCUCUUCAAGAUUAAAGAUCUGCUGCGUCAGCUGCCUCCAGCCCACUACAAAACCCUGCAGUUUCUCAUACAGCACUUAAACAGGGUCUCAGAAAGAUCAGAUGAAAACAAGAUGACCGCCAGCAAUCUGGGCAUCAUAUUCGGCCCCACGCUGAUCAAACCCCGUCAGACUGAAGCGGAGGUUUCUCUCUCGUCUCUGGUGGACUACCCCUACCAGGCCCUAAUCGUGGAGCUUCUGGUCCGGCAUUACGAGAUGAUCUUUGAUACACCCUUGAGUCCUCUUCCACCUUCCUCCCCUGUAGGAGAGAGCUCACCGCUUCCCAUUAAAUCACGUUUAACCUCUCGAGAGAAAAACCAACAGCUAAGCCGACAUUCAAAGUCGAUGGUGGACAUUAAAGAGCAACAACCAAAGGUUAAGUCGUAUAAACGAUAUUCCUCAGUAAUACCAUCCAUGCACUUGAUGGACGAAGUAAAGGAGGGGAAGAUCAGGUCUGACACAGAGUUUGCAGCAGUUGGAGAUGUGGAGGAUCUCAACAAACUCCUGUCCACAAGCGUCCCUGAAAUGCGCAACUCUCCCGGCUUGACCCGCCGCAACCACGUGUCCAGAGUUCAGCUGCGGCCUCCGAGACCAAAAAUGGGCUCCCGACCGCUAAGCAUGCCCGCAGAGCGUUUCCUGAAUCUGUCCAAAGUGGACGAAUGUAACGCUAAGAACACAACGGAGCAGAAAGAGGACUGCCCUCGCGAUCCCGUCAUCGAGGAGGUGUCCGAAUCCAUGCCGGACAAAUCCAAGUCCAAAGCGAGCAACCAUUACAGAAAGUCUUACAUUGAUACACAAACGUUGCGCAGGACUUGGGACAAGCAGUAUAAGCAUCACGAAAUCAGCCCUAAAACAUUUAAGGCCGACUCAGAGGUUGACACCUCCAACGAUUUGUCGUCUUCUCUUACGUCGACAUCUUUCUCAGAACACUCCAAAACGGCAAGCACCAUUAAUGCUCUCAGACCCCGCACGACCAUCGUGAGACCCGUGCGGACUUUACGUAGAGAAGGGAACGUCAGCGAGUACAGCCCCGUUCCUACGACCUUCAGGCCGCCAAGAACUCUGCAACCUCCACCUGGAACCUUCUACAAACCUCCAGGUUACAAAACCUUAGCAAAGGUUGAGCUGAAGACAACCAGAGCAACAGCAAACAGCACCGAGGAGGAAGAGGAAGAUGAUGAUGAUGACGAUGAUGAGGAAGAAGAAGCGUUCACUGUGGAAGUCUCAGUUGAUGACCCCGAUCUGGACACAGAACCUUCCACAGAGCAAGAUUCCCAGAAUACAAUUCCCAGAUCCCCCACCUCCAGCCUCGAGGAACUUGGCCAAAAUGAGACCAAACCUGUUUACCAGAGACUACGGUCCCGCUGUAUGCAGGAUCUUGAACACAGGGAGGCUCACUUUGUCUGAUCUAUUUAAAGUUUUGGACGCUGAGAAGGGGGGCAAACCCAUUAAAUUUGCUUCUGGACCUGUGACUGUGUAUGUGGAAAUGUUUCCAUUACUGUGAAGCGAUCCAAGGAAGUGUUAAAUUAGAAUAUAUAUAUAUUUUAAUAUAUUCUGCAUCUACCAUUUGUAGAUAAUCAAUAACAAAACCUUGGACAACAAUGGACAUAAUAUGCACUUAAAAUGCUUAUCCACAAAUGCAACAAAGACAUUUUUGCAGAAAGUCACAGUCACUGCGCGGUUUCAUUUACGUUGUAUGUAGUUUUCAUUAAAUCGUUGUUUAAUGUAUUCUGUAUAUGUUUUUGUUUUACACCAAAACUAAACUGACGAAGCUGUUACUGUUAAGUAUUGUCACUUUAUUAUAAUCAUAAAAGAUGCACUUAUUAGAUUUAUUAGAACCACACGUUUGCUACUGAAAUGUCGAACUACAUGCAGUGUUAAUGUUAUUCAAGAACAACAGAUAGAUGUCAUUUGGUCUGUCUGUGUAUAUAUAAUAAACCCAAACACCAGCUGUGAUAAAUAUACUUGUUAAAAAGUGUUUUGUAAAAGUCUCCAAAUGUGCUUUUUUAUCGUUUGCCUCAUUUUUUACAUAGAAAUGUUAUUCUUGGGAAUCAUUGUUAACAGAGUUUGUCCAAAGUGUUUUUUUUUUUUGUACAUAAGCUUGCAUUUCAUAAAAACCCUGAAAUGUCCGUAUACCCAAAACAAGCAAAUCUAGCCAAAGUAAGUGCCUUUAUUUAUGAGCGCUCACUGCCUGGUAUCCAUCAUACAUUACCUAUGAACUGAACAGCAUAUCUAGUUGUGAUAUACUGUCAUUGCUGUCUAGACCUAAUCAUUAUCUUGUAAAUGAUAUAUCUGUUUGACAUUUGUGAUAUCAUUGAUACUUUCAAAACAGCAUUUUCAAGAUGUCUUAACCUCCCUCAAGUGUAUAAACAGGUACAUGUGAGAAUACACACUUGUAACUUAUUAAAACUGAUGUUGUCACACAUGAA